AGAUUUUAUAUAAUCUAUUAUUUGUAUAAUUCAUUUUCUUUCAUAAAAUGAUAGCAAAGAUAUACAUUGACGUCAUGUUUUGGGGAAAUUGAGUAAAAACACAAUGUUUACAGUUUCUAGGUUAGAGAGUAAAACAAUCUGGUUGCCAUGUUGGUUUGGAGCAGAGGUUGAUCUGUCAAGGUUUUCUAUUAUAAUAGGUUUCACUAUACAUAAUUUAAACUACGCGAAAAAAAGAAAAAUUUUCACAUAAAGCUCAGCAGUACUAAGACCACUGUAAAAAUACAAAAUAUUCAAAUCGACAGAAGAGGGUAGAAUUUGGUUAUUUUGGACCUACGAUAGCGAGCACCUGCUGAAGAGAGUCAGCUAAUUCACAUAAGAUUGGACUUUAAUUUAUCAUAUGGGAUUCCUAGGGAUUUGGACGUUAUAGCGACCAUGAAAGGAUAUCUUAAGGGAACCGAAGGUGUUUUUCUACUGGCCCCUAAAGUGACCACUGUUGGAAGAGAGGGGUGUGACCUGGCCAUUCAGUCAUUGAACGUAGACCAGCAACAUGCCGUUAUAGAGUACAGCGACCAAGAGCAGUGCUACGUCUUACAGGAUUUGAACACAGCGACAGGAACCUAUGUCAAUGACUGUCGCGUGCAGAAUGCUGCAGUCAGACUCGCCCCUGGCGAUGUUGUUCGCUUCGGGUUUAACGGGACGCCUUACGAGCUGCAAAUUGAUAAUACCCAACAGACGGACUCAUUUGAACCAAUUGAGCCCCAGCCAGGUUACCCAGUGCACCAGCAGAUGCGCGCAGCAUGGACCUCCCCUUAUUCCAACCCCGUGCCUACCAGUAGCCUGCCUUAUCUAAGCAUGCCUUCAUCGCAGCCAGUCACCACAUGGGUGCCAACAGGGGGCGCUCCGGGGGCACUUCCCCCUCACCCGCCCCCCAGCACACUGAGACAGAGGCCACUCAGCGCUGGCGCCAGGAGGCCGAGUUACGAGAAUUUGCAGAGGGUUGGAGCGGCGACUUCUGGAAGCCCCAUGGUACAAAAUAAAACUGUAGGCUGGCAAGCCAGUAGGAGCGCAGGAAGCUCUCCCACCAAUGAUAUUUUACUCCUGCAAGAAAAGGAACAAAAAAUCAUGCGAAUGGGAGAUGAAAUAAAUCGGCUGGCCGCCUUUGAGGCAGAAAACCAGCGUAAAGAUCAAGUUAUUGCACAACUUCAGGAGGAAAACAACAGACUGCGAGCUAUUCAGAACACAGGGGGAGUUUUUGGAAUGGAUGCUCAGCUGACACAGAAGUUAUUGGAAUUGGAAAAUGAACUUUCAGCAAAGAAAAUUGAGAUAGGGCACCUGCGAGAUCAGCUGAACAGACUCCAGCAGGAGGCCGCCUUCCGGGGGCCGACCACGACUCCGGACGAUCUCAAGAACAUGAAGAACGAGCUGGAGAGGGUGAAGAAGGAUAAGAAUAUCACCUCUGGUUUGGUCACCCAGAUGCAGAGGGAUAUGUCUAACAAGGACUCCACCAUAAGCCGCCUGACACGAGAGAUCGAGAAGUUAAAGAAAGACGUACGUGAGAAAGAUGUACAGAUGACAGCAAUGUCGGCCAAGGCUGCCAGAUUGAGAGACAGUAAGAAGGUGGACGAACACUCUGACGCCAGAGACAAGGAGCUGAUGAGCUUGAGACAUAAAUUCAAGGCAGCUGAAAACAAAGUCCAGGACAUGAACGAUUUGGUGAAGUCACUGAAAGAAGAGAUCGAGAAGCUGAAGACAUCAGUGGGAGAGGAGAAAGAGGGCCAGAAGAAACUACAGGCUGAAGUGGACCAUGGAAAGCAGCAGUACCUGGACAUGCAGAGGGCCGAGAGGCUGGUCAGGGUGGACCUGGAGCAGGCGACAAAGAGGCUGGAGCGCUUCAGAAGCCGAGUCGUUCAAAUAACUUUCUCCACUCCUGGAAUAAAAGCCCCAGACGGGGAAAUUAGUGAUGAUGAACUGUUGACAAAAUUGAAAAAAGUUGUGGAUGACAGAACAGAAUUUCGGAGAAAACUUCAAGACACAAAAGAGUCAUUACAAGUUGCAAAUACUACAAAUAAAGAGGUGGCUGACAGUUUGAAGGCUUUGAAACAACAUCUCAAUGAUGCUGAGGGUCGUCUUCGAGACAAUGGCCGUCUUGCCCGCCACAUUAAACAGGAAAUCAACCUGCUGCAGUCUGUUGGGGUGGAAGACCGCAUGCAGUGGGUCAAGGACAGGGUGGUCGCCUUCAUGUCUUCAGAGUUGUCAUGGGAACAGGACAUAGAGAAUGCCCUGGAAAGAUGUGGGGUCAAUGUCAAGGUCUCUACUGAUGAACCAGGAAAGCACAUCGCCAAUCUGUAUAACAGAUGGGAGUCAUCCUUGUCUGAGAAAGAAAAACUGAAUGCUCAGAUUGCUUUACUGGAGACUCAGCACAAGGCAGACAUCCUAGAGCAUGUGACCAAGGUCAAGACUGAGAUGCAAGACAAGCUUACAGACGCCGUGGAAAAAGCUAAACUAGAAAGUGAGGAAAAAAUGAAUAAAGCCAUUGAUGAGAUACGUAGUGUGGAGCAGGAAAAACGAGAGAAUGCUGUUGAAGCUGAGCGAAAGAAAAUAGAAGAGUUACAAGGCACCGUGCAACAACUGAGACAGAAUUUGACAGCUAAAGCAGAAGAAGAUAAAGAGACAUUGGAAUCUGCCAAAGAGGCCCUAACACAGGUAGAAGACUACAAGAAGUUAGAGGCCGAGUUGCGUGACCAGCUAGCAAAACUAGAAGCAGAGAAGAAUGCCGAGAUCGCAGAACUAAAACUGUCCCGCAGCGACGCAGCAGAGGAGUCGAACAAGGAGGUGACGAGUUACAAGGAACAGAUCAAGCAGCAUUCAGUCACCAUCUGCGCCAUGGAGGAAAGGGUGAUGAAACUGACCAAGAAGAACAAGGAUUACCAGACUGAAGUGACCGCUCUGAAGCAACAGAUCCAAGAAUUGAAGAGCAGGCCCCCACCUCAGCCAAAAGUUGUGAGACCGAAGACGCCGCCCAAGCAUACAGUGGUGGUAGAACCAGGCCCUGAUGUGGCAGCUUUGGAGCAAAUACUACUGGCUGUUAGGCGAGAAAACCAGGAAUUGAAGAGCAAGCUUCAGGAGCAGCAAGAUGUCAUCCUUGCUCUCAGGCGAGACUUGGCAGGUGCUUCAGCCAGGAUGUCAGACAUGACAGGUGAAUUAAGUGAGGCUCAGAAGGAGAAACUGGAGCAGAGCACAGUGCAGGUCCAACAGAAGCAAAGAGAGCUGGACGAGGAAAGACAAAAACUAGCCAAAAUGUCUGCCAUUGUGGACAGUCAGAAAAAGGAAAUACAGGACUACUCCAAUGAAAUGAGUAAACUGAAGUCUCUGUUGAACAAGUUGAAGACAGAGACAAGUGAUAAGAACUCUCAGGUGCAGGAGCUGGAGCUGGCUCUGACCAGGGAAAAAGAUGAACAAAAGAAACAGCUCAGCUUGGUGGAGGAAGAGGGUCGCAUAACCUCAGAGCUGACAUCCUAUGGUGCUCAAUGUCGAGGUGAGAGGCACGAACAAGUCAUUGCCAGGCAGAGAGAGGCACUGGCAGAGCUUAGGCAGCGCAUCAAAUCACUGGAACAAGUCAGACCACCAGUACCCACUCAUGACCAAGCCUUACAACAGGUGGCGCUGUUGAAGAAGGAGCUGGCCGAGCUAAGAGCCAAUCAGGCGCUGGCGGAGGACAAACAUAUCAUGGCAAGCACGUCAUUGGAUCGGCAAGUGAGCAAGGCGCGGGGGAUCAUCCACAGCGUCAACGCCGAGGCAGAUAUUGAGAAGAGUGCACACAGGGAGACCAUGGAUGCCUUGGACGAUAGUGAGAAUUCAUAUCUCACCCUGCUCCGUGCUAUAGCCAGUUCCCUUGAGAUGGAGGAGGUCAAAGGGCUCCGUUCCAUGUCCCACAUUCCAAAAGAUGAGCGCCGUAGAUUGUAUGAUGAUCGGGAAAAGUCAUGUGAAAUGCUGGCCAGUCGAAUUAAAGUUUUGAAGGAAAGAAUAUCAAGAAAGGAUGAACUUUUACAAACUUAUGAAAGAGACUUAGCAAGGUUACGGCAAGCAGAGCAGUUGGCCGAGAAGAAGAAUGCACAAGUAGAAAGUUUAACUAAUGAUGUGAUAAGUAAACUAGAUGAGACUCAGUAUCUGAGGGAGUCCCUGAACAGAACCAGAGACAGACUGGACCAGGAGAAGAGGCUCAACUCUGCAAUAAAACAGAAAAAGACCUACCACAUGGAGAAUGAGAAGCCAGAACCAAAGUGGUCCAAACACAGGUGUCCCCCAGAUGACAUCUUUGGCAAGAAAGCAGCCAAAGAGAGAGCACACAGAGAAAAAGUAAAGAGGAAAAAUUACGAGAUGAGAGCUCUCAAAGGUGAACUUACGGAAAGGGACCGGGAGCUGGUCCAGGCCUCGAGGAGAAUCCAUGACUUAGAAACUAGUCUGGGACUUGACAGUGAAGAGUUCGUGGAUGUGGAGUAAACCAAUGUAAAAGCAUCUCAGCGACACACGCAAAUAGGAAUUUUGAAGAAUUAGCAUAGAAUAAGAGAACUUACAUAUAUAAAAACCAUGCAGGCUCAGGGUCUGACUGGAGAGAAAUAUUGAUGUUAAAUAUCAAUUCUCCAACAGAGUAUGACAUUUUUUUCUCCAUGAUUUGUGUUUAUAUGAUAAAUAUGACGCGCUUUGUUAAAAAAUAUCAUCUUUUCUGUAAAAACAGCUGCUCAUGCCUCAAUUUUCACUGCAGUUUUAAGCAGGAGACAAAUUCAUGUUGCAGAUAUAUUAUCUUGUACAUGAAUCAAACCAUUAUGAUUUGUGUGACAAACUGUAUGUUACGAAUCCAUUGCAUUUAUAAACAAGCAAGAGUAGAGUGAUAUGGUAGUUUA